UGGGACCCCUGUCGUGCACCAACACCACGAUACAUAACUAUCUGAUGUAUGGGGUACUUGUUGGGUUCUCCCUCUGGGGGACCCUCUGGCGUCUCCUCUUUCCUCUGGACUUUUGGCCCACUUUCACGUGUAGAGUAGGGCCCACGCGGUGGGACUUCCACCACCCCCUACACAAAGGAGGAGGAGGAGAAGAUGGUCGCCCUUCUACAGGAGAAGAAGGAGAAGAAGGAGGCCAAGAAGAGGGCCUUGAAGGAGGAGCAGGCGGCCAAACUGAAGAAGAUGGAAGAAGAAAUGGCCAGAGAGACAGAGAGGUUGAAAAAGGAAGAAGAAGAGAAGCUAAAGGAGGUGGAUGAAGAAGAGGAAGGACCGCCACUGCAAAGGAGUAGUGAGCAGCCCAGUAGUAAUACCGGUGGAAACCUAGAGAAAAGGAUAUCUGAAUGGGUUGCCAACCUGACUGUGGGAGAAGAGGAAGAGGUUAGUAUGUACAUCCCGCAGGAUCAGCAAGAAGUUGCCAUGAAGGCUUGGGAGGCAGAGAAAGACCCUCUUAAACGUCAAGCGUUGGAAGACGAGAAGAAGAUGGAAUGGAAAUUAGCGGUGAUGAGGGAGAAGAAGAGGACAAUUGACAAGGCAGCGGAGGCGGCGGAGGCCUUAGAAGAGGUGAAGAACACAGAGGCGCAAUUAGCCGCCCAGCCCGAUCUCCCGAAUGAGAUGCGAGUCAUAGCUUGGAGCGUCGCAUGCCUGGCAUGGGUUCAGGCAGACCAAUAUGACUUUAGUAGAAAUCAGCAAGUCCUAAUUGCUAUCCACGCGCUGAGAGAAGAGGCCGCCAGUUUUGCAAGGUCCCUAGUUCGCGCUGCCAACUGUAGUGAUGAUCCCGUUGCGUACUCCUCAUUUACAUCCCUCACCGAAUUUCUGAAAUUGCUGCGCGAGCGAUUUGCUGAUGUCGCUCGCAGUGUCAGGGCCUCAGACAAGCUCCAAACAAUCCAUUCCCGUAAAUGGAAGAGCGCCAGGGCACUCAAGGGUACAAUGGAUGAGUUGGUAGCCGUUCCUGACCAUGGGGUCACAGAGGGCCAGUUAAUCAACCUCUUUUACUGGGCUAUGCCCGAAGCCUUUCGAAGGCAGUUCUUCGCGAAGAGCGAAGACCCUGCCACCACUUACGAUUCCCUUAGUCGCGAGGUGGUGGCUUUUGAAGCAAAGUCAGUGUCCGUGUCUACCUUCUGGCACAAAGACUUGGACAGGGGUAAGCAAUGGAAAGGCCGCACUAUCUCAGGGCAGGUAAAGACCAAGGAUAUCCUUGUCCUGACUUUAGAUGAGGGUAGUGUGGAUGAGAUUCCCUACGACCAGAUUGAGUGGGGAUUAGAGGAGGCGGACAGCGGUGUGGGCCAAGGGAGAUCUUACGCUGCUGUCGCGGCUGGAGGGAGGCCGCAAGAAGGAAGAGGCCAGGGCCAAGGGGGCCGGGCCUCAGGGAGUCGAUUUCAGGGCGAUCAGGGGGUUGGCGGCAGAGGAGGAAACCGCCAAGCGGGAGGCAGGGGUCAAGGCCGUUGUCUAGACAGCUGUCCAGAGACUGCUUGUGUCAGGGUCUCUUUAGACACCUCCCUCACAGGCGUGGCCGAAGAAUUGAAGGAGAGGAUUCCCGCCUGGGCCAAGAUGAAGAAAGAACAGAAAGGACAACUAAUUCUGGUAGAUGUAGAGAUUUUUAGAGGUAGAGUAGGGGCCCUAGUAGAUUCAGGGGCUACCCGCAGCUAUAUUAGUAGGAAGACGCUGCAGAAGUUGAAGCUAGGGCUUAAAGUCCAAAAGCUAGCAGAUCCCAUAGUUAGUAUCCUCGCAGACAAUCGUACUAUGGUUGUAGAGGAGUAUGUAGAGGGAGUCCAGKCGUAUUUCCGCCUAGAGAAGGAUAGGAAAGUGGAGAAGGUUCUCCACUCCCUGAAUCUCCUCGUAGAAGACAGCCUCCCAUUCGACAUUGUUCUGGGAAUGGAUUGGGGAGAGGCAGCCGGGGCCACGCUCCAUUUGAAGGAGCACGAGUGUAGGCUCCCUAGUUCGUCAGGCGAGGCCAAGACUACCCGCCUGUUUCAUGCGUCAGGGGUAGAGAAUUCCUUGGCGCACUGCUGUCUUAGUGCCCCCGCGUUCGCCAGAAUGGUGAAGAAGGAGGGAUUGGAGGAACAGGUCUUUGUUGCCUAUGUUAGGCCAGUGACUGAGCCUAUAGAGGAGAAGCCCGUAGACCCUACUAUUGCCAAAUUGCUAGAAGAGUUUAAGGAUUUAACUAAGCCGCCGACAGGCACGGUGCCGCGGCCUAUCCAGCACCGUAUUGAGAUAGAGCCUGGCAGUAGAACUCCUAAGGGUGUUGUAUAUAGGAUGUCCCCGCGGGAGUUAGAGGAGCUAUGGAAGCAAUUGGACGAGCUCCUCGAAAAGGGGUGGAUUAGGCCCAGUUCGUCUCCUUUUGGAGCCCCUGUUCUCUUUGUCCCUAAGAAAGAGGGAGAGUUGAGGAUGUGUAUAGACUAUAGGGGUCUGAAUGCUAUUACAGUAAAGAAUGCUGAGCCACUGCCUAGGAUAGACGAUCUUUUGGAUCGAGUGCAAGGGGCCAAGUACUUCUCUAAGAUAGACUUAAAGUCCGGAUACCAUCAGAUAGAGGCCAAGAUGACACCUAAGCUUACUAGGUGGGCAACAGAGAUAGAUCAGUACGACUUUGAGCUCAAGCCUGUCAAAGGGAAGUACAACGUAGUCGCGGAUGCUUUGAGUAGAAGAGCUGAUUACUUUGGGGCAAUAGUACAUUACCUCGAUAUAGGAAAGGAUCUGCAGCAGCAGGUUAGAGAAGCCUACAAGAAGGACCCUAUCUAUGGUAAGCUCCUUAAGAAAGUCAAGGAGGCCCCAGAGACCGAGCCGAACUACCGCACUACUGAAGGGUUGCUUUUUAAGAAGACUAAUGUUUUUGACCGAUUGUGCAUCCCCAAUAGCGAAGAGAUCCGCAGUCUCAUCCUGGGAGAAUGCCAUGACACGGAAGGUCAUUUUGGUUGGCAAAAGACCUUAGCCAAUCUGAUGCGCGCGUAUACCUGGCCAGGGAUGAAGAAUGACUGCGUAGAGUAUGUUCGCAGUUGUAAGGUCUGCCAGCGUAACAAGUCUUCUACGCGUGCCCCGUUAGGCCAGGGAUGAAGAAUGACUGCGUAGAGUAUGUUCGCAGUUGUAAGGUCUGCCAGCGUAACAAGUCUUCUACGCGUGCCCCGUUA